UGCUUCCUUUGCUUCCUGAGUGCUUUAAAACUCACGCUUAUGCUUGCAACAUCUAGACCAACGAGGCAGACUCGUGGUGGAAACCAUUCGAGUUUCUUGACCCAACCGGAGAAUAAGUUUCUUCCGCCCUUUUUUAGCUUCCUAUUAGCCUAGACGGCGUUUGAAGCGACGAGCAGACAUCUUCCAAACUACUGGAGAGCUAGCUUCCACAGCUCGCUCAGCAUUAUCGAUCGGUCACUACUUCAUACGGAUUGCGAUGAAAAGAGUUGUCAGGAAUUCCUCGAAAAGUGUUUUGAGUUAUGUGGUCGGUCAAGGAAGAAGGAAGAAUCCAAAAAGUUUCAGAGCAAAAAAAAAAAAAAAAAAAAAAAAAGAAGAAGAAGAAGAAGAAAGGAAAAUAAACGAUGCCGUUUUUCCCGCAAGCGAAUUGGGAGCUUGUUGGCCCCGAGGUUUCUUUCGCUCCUAGCGUUUCUUUUCUUUUCCCAAGCACCAGCAGUCUGCGCCAGUCACAUACGCUCACGAGCAGCGUUCAGCACUAAUCCUAAUCAACACUGAUAUCUCCUUUUUAAGUUGAGCUACUCCAUCACUCUUACGAACAGGAUUCUGAGGCUGACCACUGUGACCAGUGAGCCGCAGCGUGAUACGAGAUUUCGGGUUUCACUCAAAUGACGAUGCUCGAUUUAUCCCAAAUGGUUUCUCCAAUCGCCACAACUCGGAAGAAGCGAGUUCUGUGCAGUCAGAGCCCCGGCCAUCAGAGAACAACCAUGGAGUUGCUUCUGGGACCUCGUAAGAGCGCAGAAUGCCUGACUCGUCGAAAAACAUUUUCGAUCCAAUCAAGCCAGAUUUGCAGGUCGCUUGUGGAGUCUAUGAGAACUCAAUACGAGCCGCACCUUGAGCCUCACUAUUAUUAUAAUGAUUCUGCUGAGGAUGAGAAAAGGGGUUUGCUCUUCACGCGCCGUGGCGUGCGAGAGGGCUUGCGAAGUGUGCUUGUGAAGGCAUAUAUAUAUAACUAGAGCAAAGUCUCUUUCUUUCCUCUAGUUAGCGAACGAUUCCACUUCCAUCACAUCUUUGAUCAACUGACCCCUCGUCCUUCAUUCUUUUAAAUCGAACUUGCUCUCUGUUCUUUUUAUAUCCUUCACUUCAAUACAGAUACCCCAUCAUUUUACGCUCAUAUAACUACACUUUUUUUUUCUUUUUUUAAUUUAUAUAAACCUUUCAUGUUAAUAUACCUCCAACAAUAUGUCUGGCCCCGAAACAACUGGCAGCUCUAACUGGGGAAGCUCGCUCUGGGACUGCUUCAACCCCAUUGAUACAUGUUUAAUGGGAUGGUGCUGUCCAUGCGUCCUCUUCGGCAAGACCCAGGCUCGCCUGGAUGACCCCAGCCUGGCCAACUUCAGCCCAAUCAACGAUAAUUGUCUUAUCUUUUGCGGCAUGAACUGCUUCGCCGUCGCAUGGCUCCUCCUUGUAAAGAGGCGCACCGAGCUGCGCGAGAAGUACGGCAUCACCCAAACCCAUCUGGAGAAGUUCCUGAAAUGGGAACCCGGCACCAUCAAGGCCAAGCACAACUAUGAAGAGUCCCUAGUCCAGGACUGCCUUGCCUCCUUUUUCUGUCCUUGCUGCGUUGUUGUCCAGCAGGAGAAAGAGGUGCUUGCUCGACAGGCUGCUGGGCAGACUGGUUAUCAGAAGCCCCAAGCUAUGGCUUACCCUCCAGCCUAGGCGAUGGGAUGCUACGGUAAGGGGGAAAGUUGAUCCACCAUGGGUGAGGAAACGGGUAUUAUGAGAAAUAAUGGAUAUUAUUUGAUCAAACAAAUUAAAUUUCAUACGGGUUAUUGGGGCUGGUUGGAUAUAAGCGGACUUGAUGCAAAUUUUGUCGAUUUCCCGCGCAUUCUCUCUCUCAUUUCAUAUUUUCCCUUUGUUAUAACUUUUUGUCACUAGAAUAAUACCCUGCUACAAAGUGUUCACUUCAAUUAGAUUCCUUUCAUUUUCAUUUUUAUUUAUAUUUAUUUUAUUUUUUGCUAGAAUUCCCGCUUCAAAUCCCCCCUAACAAGAAGAUCAACCGAGGAACAGGUCGGAUUUUCUCAAAAACCCCCCCCCCCCUUUUUAUUAUUUUAUAUAUUCACCUCUCACCCCCUGUCAUUUCCACCCAACAAGCAAAAGCUAAGAAAAGAGCCUCACACGACAGUUAACUACUAACUUUUUGUCCCCGCCCAAAAUCCUUGUCCCGUCAGCCUGCUAGUCCGUAGUUACAGUCUCUUUCAGAGCCCCAGUCUGCUAGCUCGCUCA